GGUGUGGUGAUCCAUUGAAGGAUGAAGCGGCAAGCUCUUCAAUUGAACAAAGGUGAUCAAUACAAUUGAAGGGGGUCCGCAGUUGAUGUCUCAGCUGUCGUUCCAUGUAUGAACAGUUGGCUAAAAGUGCACCAACAAUCUUGGAUGAUCCUCUUUUUGCUGAUUCGUAUCUCAAUGUGUUACACAUGCCAUCUGCAUUUCCUCAUUCAGAGAGAUCCAGGCGUUCACCUGAAUCUGCAAAUAGCAGCUCCACAUACAUGUCCGACUUUGAAGAUGAACCAUGCAGCAAUGGUAGACAGUGUUCGGUUAUUAUGAAGGACCAUGUUGCCGCUGGACUUUGCUGCAUCCCAACUUUUUAUGAACUCUUCGUUGCAAGAGGAAGCUAUAAAACAUUUGGAAAAUUCCAAGACCAAUAUGCAGAAUGACAAAGCUUGGACUAUACAAUUGUUGGUUUUGACGUGUUCGCCCCUUGUGGUGAAAAUGGACGAGUUUAUUAUCCCACUCCUCCCUUGAUUUUCAGGUCAGACUUUGCUCAUUUUCAUUUCAUCUUUG